AUGGAACCCGUGAAAGAGUUCAUUGUUGCGAAAGUGGGAGAGUUCGUUCUCUCUAAAUUGUUAGAGUCGCUGUAUGAUCGAUUGGCGGUUCCCAAGUUUUGGGACUUCUUAGGCGGAAAGGGAAAGGGACUUCAAGCAAACCUGGACAAGUGGAGACAAAAGCUGCAAGAUAUUCAGGAAAUGCUUGAUGAUGCGGAGGAGAAGCAAUAUACUGACAGGGUGCCUGGCAGGGACAAAGAUAAAGAGGCUUUAGUUGAAUUGUUGGUGGGUGAAAAAUAUUGUAGUGAUGCUCAACUCUCUGUGAUUCCUAUUCUUGAAUUCACAUAUCCAAUAGAAGGGCUUAUUCUUGAAGGACCAACACAUGUAAAAUAUCUAGAUGUUGAAAAUUGUGAGGAGCUGACACCUUUGUGGUCAAAUGAGGCGGGAUUAUUACAAUCCCUCCCACUUCUUAGUGUUCUAAUGAUUCGCAAUGAUCAGAAACAGGUUUCUAUGGCAGAAGAAGUAAAAGAGCAACCAAAACAGGGUAUGCCAUCCACCCGCAAUGGCAUGGAAUCUUUACCCAAGGAAAUCAUGUACAACAACACGUGUCUUGAGCGUAUUGAGAUUAAUGGAUGUGAUUCGCUGACGCACAUUGCAAGAGGCCAGCUACCUCCAACACUUAAGCGGCUACAAAUACAAAAUUGCAAGAAAAUGCUAAUUUUGCUUGAUGAGGAUGAAAACAACAGUUGCAGUAGUAGCACAUCUCUUCUUGAGUACAUGUAUAUUUAUAAGUGCCCAUCCCUCAAAUCCUUAACAUCAGAAGGAGAAUUACCUGCGACACUUCAAGACCUUACGAUUUCUGAAUGUGGACAACUGGAGUCGAUAGCGGAGAGCUUUCAUCACAACUCGUCUCUUAAAUGCAUUCGUAUUUGGAAUUGUGAAAACCUUAAAUCCUUACCCAGGGGCAUACACACCCUUAGCCAUCUAGACAAGAUUAUCAUUUGUUGUUGUCCAGCUCUUGUUUCCUUCCCAGACGGAGGGUUGCUCCCUGGCAACCUUAGAGAGUUAAGGAUUGAGAAUAUGGCCCUACGUAACUGCAUUCACAACAUCACCUCACUUCAAAUUUUAGUGAUUUGGAGUCCUCCAAGCGUGGUAGUGGUAUCAUCUUUUCCCGCCAACCUAACAUCACUUACAAUCAAGAAUUGCAACUUCACUGAGGCCUUGCUUGAAUGGGGGCUUACCUCUCUUAAAUAUCUUGAUAUUGAUGGUGGAUGUCCGAAUGUGGAGUCCUUUCCAGAGAAGAUGCUGUCUGCGUCUCUUACUACCCUCAUCAUCGAAAGAUUCCACAAUCUGAAAUACCUGUCUUCCCUUCGAAACCUCACCUCUCUUGAAAUGCUGUAUAUCAAAGAGUGUGAAAAUCUCACAUCCUUUCCAGAGGAGGGCUUGCCUCCCUCACUCCAGAGACUUUAUAUUAAAAGAUGUCCUCUGCUGAAAGAACACUGCAAGAAAGAUCAAGGACGAGAAUGGUUCAAGAUAGCCCACAUCCGUGUCGUUAAGAUUGACAAGAGGUUCAUCUACGAACCAGAAGAUUAG